GGCUUGGAUCCACAGUGUGAGAAGUGUGACCCGUCCUGUCUGGACUGUAAGGGUCCUGGUCAGUGGAACUGCACUGUGUGCCCAGCCAGCCAGCUCCUAGCUGACGACGGCCGCUGUCUGUCCUGUUGCGGCAACGAGACCAGACACGACGGCAGCCCCCUCCCCCGAGAGUGUUGUGACUGCCGGGCAUCACAAUUGGAGUGCGUCUUUGGGGUGAACUUUGUGUUCCUGGGCAUCGAGGAGCUGCCAGAGGGACAUCUCAAGGUCUUCAUCCUGGCCAUCGUGCUCCUGGUGUCAGCCCUGGGUGCAGCUGUUUUCCUGUUCCUCCACUUGCGCUCCAAAGCGGGUGCUGGUUUACCCCAGACGAAGGCCAAUGGCUACAAGAAGCUGGGCGCCAAUGGGGGCUGGGCUGGGUCAGACUUAGACCCCGCUUCCUCCAUUGGCGACUACAGUGACCGCAUCGUUGAGGAUGACGAGGAGGAAGAAGAUGACGAUGAUGAAGAUAUUGUGUAUAUGGGUCCGGAUGGUACAGUGUAUCGGAAGUUUAAGUAUGGACUCCUGGAGGAAGACGAGGACAUUGAGAUGGAUUAUGACGACGAGAGCUAUUCCUUCAGAUAAGAGGAAUGUAAACACAACCAGAAACCCUCAGGCGUGCCCACUACUUUUAUACAAUAUUUAUUACCUUCUGUAGUAGUGACGUAUCCCAAGAUGUUUACACACAAACACCUCUAAAAUGUUUCCUGACCUCGAUAGUGCAGAUCUAAAUAUUUGGCACAGUAGUAGGGCUUAAUAUGAGGGUCUUCGAGGGAAUUUCUUAAAUAGUGCAUUGUAUUUUAGACUUGCAGGUUGGUUUGACAUUUUUGAGUUUUUAUUUGGACUUCUAAGGGUUAGUUUGUCAUUUUAGUUCACUAUUGAAGUCCAAGCACUUUGUAAUCAAUAUUGCGAGACGAAUGAGACAGAGGCUGAUCGCAUCACUGAGAGAUUCAUCCAGUUUCACUCAUGCACUGCUAAAGGGACAGUAAGAUAGAGGUGAAAAUAUUUUUAUGUCACUUAUUUUGAUUAUAGAAUUGGAGCUCAUAAAAAUACUUAAUCUCCCUGAGUUUUUGGAACCCAUGCAUGUGAAAGAGUAGUGUUGAUUUAUAAUAAUCAGAAAGAUAAAUGUUCUCUUUGUUGAGGUGAAUCAAUGUUUACUUGAAUAAAGUUGAAGUUACUGUGA